AUGCUUUUCCAGAGCACACUUCUCCCUCUGCUUCCCGGCCUCGUGGCUGGGAUUGCCGCCCCCGCCAUGCCGGGCAUGAAGAUCGUCUGGUCUGACGACUUCGAGGGUAGCGCGGGCUCUUCUCCCAAUGGCGAUCUCUGGAACGUCAUGGACGCCAUCGACACCAACGGCGAAGUUCAAACGUACUCGACUGCCAACACCAACCUGCAGAUUUCUGGUGGAGGAACCGUCCAGUUCGUUCCUCGGAGAUCUCAGAGUGGCCACUGGACCUCGGGCCGUAUCGAGACGAAGGCUUCCUUCACACCGGACGCCGGCAAGAUCAUGACUCUGAAGGCCAACAUCCUUCUCGGCGACAAUGCGGCCGCGAAUAAGCAAGGGAUGUGGCCUGCCUUCUGGGCGCUGGGCGAUGCGGUCAGACACGGAACCGAAUGGCCAGCCUGUGGAGAGGUCGACAUUUUCGAGCAGGUCAACGGUGCUGCCACGGGCUACGGUACACUGCACUGCGGCAGCGACAGUGGCGGCCCUUGCAACGAGCCCACCGGGCGUGCCGGUUCCGUUGCGCUGCCCACCGAGGAUUUUCACACAUGGGGUGUCACUAUCGACCUCACCAACCCCGACUGGACCGCGCAGACCAUAUCGUGGCAACUAGACGACGCGACCUACUCGACGGUCACCGGAGCGGAGAUUGGCGACGCCCCUAUCUGGUCGAGCCUCGCCCACAGCCCGUUAUACAUGAUCCUGAACGUUGCCGUCGGCGGUGAUUGGCCCGGCGCGCCUAAUGCUGCUACUCUCGAUGGCUAUGGCGCCAUGAUGGAGGUCCAGUGGGUCGCCGCCUACUCGUCGUAG